UGCGUAUCCAUCAAUCCUAUGAGUGCCCAAAACAACUUCAUUGUAAGAAGAAAUAAAAAUAUUACUGGCUGAGCUGAAGGUUUAAUAGCUCCAAGAUUCUUGAGCUACUUCCAUUUCUAUUCUCUUUUAUAAAGAGCUUAUUCUGUGCUAGUGUUUCUUACAAUGGAGAAUGAGGUCAAGCCAGGUGAGAGAGAAAAUGAGAAUUCUUUUGCCCAACAACAUGAAAUUCUCCAUAUGUAUCCAGGAAAUGGUGAUGAAAGUUAUGCAGCAAACUCUACAAGACAGAGGUAUGUUUUCCAUGUACUGCAACCAUUGUUUCAAGCAGCCACUGAGAAGCUCACAUUCCCCAAGGAGGGUCCUAUUAGGAUUGCAGAUCUUGGGUGUGCUACUGGUCUCAACACCAUAUUAAAUGUAAAUUUUGUUGUGAGGACACUGAGAAAUCUCUGCAAUGGAACAACAGUGCCAGAAUUCCAAGCUUUCUUCUCUGAUUUGCCAUCCAAUGAUUUCAAUGGGCUGUUCAAUCUGAUGGAAGGACCCAAACAACCAUAUUUUGUUGCUGGGGUGCCUGGAUCCUUCUACCAUGUCCUUUUUCCCAGCUCAAGCAUUCAUGUAUGCUUCUCUAUAAUGGCCCUCCAUUGGAUUUCACAGGUUCCUGAGGCUGUGCUGCUUAAAGAUUCUCCCUUUUACAACAGAGGAAGAGUGUGGAUCAACAGAGGGAGAGAGGAGGUUGCAGAUAUCUAUUAUAAGCAAUCUCAGAAAGAUCUCUCAGCUUUCAUGAGAUGCAGAGCAGAGGAGAUGGCAGCAGGAGGUGUGCUGUUUUUAUGCUUGAUGGGAAGACCAGACACUUCCCACCCUGCACAACAAGUUUCAAUGGGCAGUGAGUUUUGUGGUCAGGACUUUGAAGAUGCAUGGGAUGAUCUUGUCAAAGAGGGCAUUAUCAGUAUGGAUUUGAGAGACUCCUUCAAUCUUCCAUGGUAUUUCCCAAAUGCAAUUGAGUUGAGAGAAGCAGUAGAGAAAAGUGGCAGUUUUGAUAUUGAGAGAUUGGAAGUGUGUGAAGGGGUGCCAUGCAUGUCUGAGGAGGAAUUUGUAGAGUGGACUAAAGAUCCAGCUAUGUUUGCAAAGGAUAAGGUUAAUCUGGUUAAAAGUUUUAUAGGGUGUUUAGUUGAGGCCCAUAUUGGCAUCAAGUGUGCAGAUGACUUAUUUAAGAGGUUUCACCAGAGAGCUGAAGCACUUUUCCACACUUGUCCACCUUCAAGAUUUGUCACCUGUACUGUUGCCUCCCUUAUUAGAAAAUAGUUAUUAGUCUUUUGUACAAGUCACAAUAAUUGUAACCUGCAAACCUACACAUUGGAUUGGUGUGAGCUUCAAGCUUCCAUACUCUCUCCAAUGUUCCAAUGUGAGCUUCAAGCUUCCAUACUCUCUCCAAUGUUGCAGGACUGCUGAAAACUUUACUGUUUUUUAUUUUGUGAUUUUAAGUAAAGUAGGAAUUUGAAGAGCAGUUAUUUGAGCUA